AUGCAGGGGCUAUUCAAAGAGGCACUGGAGAAGCAUCACCGAGAGCAAAUGAGAAGUCGACGUCUGACAGCGGUCAGCUUUUCAUCGCUAAAUUGGCUGGAAACAGUAUCUGCCUCAAACGACACCACUCAGUGCUACUUCUGCAAGUCAUACCUAGACUACAUCGAGAGGUGCCUGAUGAAUAGAACGGCUGCGCAGGUGAUGUACCGUGUCAGUGUGACUUGCGAAUUUUUCUACACGACCAUCGAAGAACCCUGUAGGCUGGCCGUGGACAAGAACGCCAACAUUAUUUACGCUGGCCUCAAGUAUCGCAGUGACCCGGCCAUGCUGUGUGGUAUUAUGACGCUCUGCCCGCAGGCAUCCACUGUACUAAGGCGACAGCUUUCUGCAGAAGCUUGGUCGACCAACUGUGACUUCAACCCAGUGGAAGAACUAUUCGAACGAUGAUUCGAAAUAUAUUUUUCGUUGACCGCACAGUAUAUACCGUUUUAGGGCAGUGGUUGCGGCCCGCUGUUUUAUAAUGAAUAAAGUUUUGUCACUUUGCUAAAUGA